UCCAUGCCAAAGGACCUCUGAAUGCGUGCAAGUGCGUGCGCUAAGUCUCCGUUUGAACAUCUGGGCCUUGUUUAUGCAUCUUGCAGACGUUAGCGCAAGAAACAAAGAUGAGUUAUGCCAUUGUCGAAUUUGUGAAGUCAAAAGAAGUUGAAGUUGUGCCAGUUUCGUGGGUGUCAGAUAGGCAGUGCCGCUGGCCUGACCAUGUAAAGGCUGAAAAAGCCAGUAGAAUGGUGAAGAAACAGACUCCUCCGCAGGCGGCGUGGAAACGCUUUGACAUUGCUGUCAAAGGACUGUUUGGUACUUAUGAUAGUGCACGAAAAAAUCUGAACCGUAGCCAGUUCCACUCUGACCUGGGCAGUGAUUCUGAAGUGGUUCCAAGGAAGCGAUGCCGAAGGCCACCACGGAACUGGACAGACUCUGACUCUAAUGCGAGUGGGACAGAAGAGGCCACUGCAAAGACAUGUCCACUGACACUCCCCGCCAUUCCGAAAAAUUUCCCUCAAGGCCUGACUUCAAGUCAAAUGUCAAGUGGAGCUACCGGCAGUGAGAGAGAAAUACCAAGAACAGGCUUGCUGUCACGUUCAAAUUCAUCAUGCAGUGAGCGUGAUAACACUGUUGAUGCAGGCAAGUACAGUACAGUCUAG